AGUUAAAGUGGUAUCAUGAACACACAUGUGUAUGUUGCUGAAGUUGAUUUUAGUGCACAGACUAUGAAAAAAUGAUCCAUACCAAACAUAAAUAUGUACAACAAUUUCAGCUUUGAGAUUGGAGGUCUUAGAAUGUGGCAAGCUUAUGAUGUUGGCAUAGGUGUCUUCAUUUCAUCUAGGGAUUUGAAGAAGAUGUCAAAUGGAAAACAAGAUGAAACAAAUCUUAAGAUACUGGAAAUGCCAAAAGUUACUAGGAUAGGAAAGAGUAAAAUAAGACCAAGAAAGAGCCUUAAGAGGAAGCACAGUGAAACAAAUAAUGAAAAGGAAAGAAAUGAAACAGGAGAUGUUGAAGACAAUAUAGAGGAAAUAAAUGAGGAGAACACAGAGGAAAAUGCUGCUAGUCAUGAACAGAUGAAUGAGACUGAUGACUAUACUUGUGGUGAAUGUGGUCUUAUAUUUGUUAGUCUACAUGAAUAUAACAUUCACCAGGACAUUGGAAAUCAUAAGAUCAGGCAUGCUGAUCGAGUAAAAACUUUUUGGAGUAGUAAAUGCACUAACAUAAAAGAGUCAAUGACAAGUGUUUUUUCAAAAGCAACUGAUGAUCAGACACCACAGUCUAAAACACAAUGUUCACUACAUUCAGGAUGGUCAUUGAAAGGAAGAAGAAUGAAUAAGAGAUUUAGCAUAGCUGUAAAAGACUAUUUACUUAAUUUAUUUAUGGAAGGUGAACAAACUGGCCGAAAAUAUACUCCAACAGAGGCUUCCAAAAAAAUAAGAGCAGUCAGGGAUGAAAAUGGGAAUAGGCUUUUUUUGCCAGAAGAAUGGCUGAGCUCACAACAAGUACAGGGUUUAUUUUCCAGAUUUGUCAAUCAAUCUGGAAAAAUUCCUAAAGAGGAAUCUGAUGAUGAACUAAAUGAUGCUAUUAUAGAAAUUACUCGUCAGGAAAAUGAACUUGCACUAAUUCAUUCAAUUUGUCAAUGAUUUUUGUCGAGCCUGCAACUUUUGUUGCAAAAAGCUCGAAAUAGGUAAAGUGAUCCGGCGGCGGUUACGACGGCGGCAGCGUAAGCUAAUUUAAAAGGUUUAUAUUUUGGAAGGUGAACGACAAGGAGGCUUCAUUCUUUGUAUAUACAUUGUAGAUGCCUCAUGUCACAAAGUUUCUGUCAGUCACAUGUCCAAUGCCCUUGACCUCAUUUUCUUGGUUCAGUGACCACUUGAAAAAAAAGUUCAGAAUUUUUGUAAUGUUGAAUUCUCUCUUUAAUAUUAUAAGUAAUAGGAUAACUAUAUUUGGUAUGUGCAUACCUUGCAAGGUCCUCAUGCCCGUCAGACAGUUUUCACCUGACCUCAACCUCAUUUCUUGGAUCAGUGAACAAGGUUAAGUUUUGGUGGUCAAGUCAAUAUCUCAGAUACUAUAAGCAAUAGGGCUAGUAUAUUUGGUGUAUGGAAGGACUGUAAGGUGUACAUGUCCAACUGGCAGGUGUCAUCUGACCUUGACCUUAUUUUCAUGGUUCAGUGGUUAUAGUUAAGUUUUUAAGUUUUGGUCUUUUUAACUUAUAUUUUAUGCCAAAGGUCAACUAUAUUUGGUGUAUGUAAAUAUAUUAUGAUCUAUAUGUCAGUCCCGCAGGUUUAAUUUGACCAUGACCUCAAUUUUACGGUUCAUUGCACAGUGUUAAGUUUUUGUGUUUAGGUCUAUAUUUCUUAAACUAUAAGUAAUAGGUUAACUAUAUUUGUUGUAUGGAAGCAUUGUUAGCUGUACAUGUCUGUCUGGCAUGGCUCAUCUGAUCUUGACCUCAUUUUCAUGGUUCAUUGGUCUUUGUUUAGCUAUCAUGGUUUAUGUUAAGUUCAUGUGACAGUUGUAUUAAAGCUUUAUACUUAGGAAUAUCAACAUAAUAACAAUAAUUAGUAAAGAAGACGAGACAUUUCAGUGUGUGCACUCUUGUUCUUUUAUGCUGGAACUAAAAUAUUUAUUGCAAUGUUUUGACCAACCUAUUGUGAUAUUCCUUUAGAUUUACAGUUUGUUUCUGCUUCAUAAUUUUUAUGUACAUGUAGCCAUCAUGGUUCAAGAUUUAAAAAUUCAUGACACAAAAUUCUAAUAUAUAUAUAUAUAU